AUGUCGACUACUGUUAAGCCGGAGUAUGCUCGUGCAGACUCAUGUAUCUGUUCCACAUCCUCCACUCCCUUCGUCCGAUCUAUGUGCCCUUUCCACAGUGAUCGCGACUUCGUCAGCGAGAUGCCUAAGAGAACGCAGGGAUUUAGCAGAAGUCCUGAGAAGCGGCGUCUGGAUCCCUACCUCGACAGUCCUACCAGAGAGGCAAACGACGCGAAGCGACAGAAGACGUCUAACACUGACUUCCCGGUGAUCAACAUCCCGCGACCUCACCAAGAGCCCUCAUAUUUCUUUGUCGCGGCGGAGAUGCUGGAAAAAAACAUCACACAAAAGCCGGUAUUUGGAGACGAACCCGGAGAACAGAUACGCACACAGCCAUCUUCUCUGUGUCAACCCGUGCCGCCUGCGACGAUCGACUUUCUCGGUGCAAGCCCUGAGUGCCGUCGACUCAUCUACCGUCACCUCCUCGUCUCACCGUCGAAAUCCAUUACCUUCUCCGAUCGGACAGCGUCCCCUUCCGUCCAAGCUCCGAGACGUCAUCUCCAGACCUCGAUCCUGUACCUGAAUAGUCAAAUCUAUCGUGAAGCGACAAAGGUCCUAUAUGGGGAGAACACCUUCAUCGCAGCACAUCCUUCACAGCUCUUUCUGCCAAAUGGCUUGCAGGGCUUACGACGGAGGACGACAAAAUUCAUCCGACACCUAUCGUUUGAGAAGAGUGGGAGCGGUGCAGAUCUGUGCUAUGAGACCAGCGAGUCCUUGUACCAACCCAUCUGGAAGAUGAUGGUCGCUUACCCCGGGUUCCUGAGCCUCAGAAAACUUACUCUCCGCCGUGAAGUUCUCCGACCUGCCGACCUCGACUUGCGCGCAUUGCGGAAUCUUACCGUAAAGCAAGGGAAACCGAUAGAUCCGAGACCCGUGUACGACAAGAAGGACAUGGUGAUCGCGGCGGCUGCAAAGCUGGCGUGGAAAGCCGCGGACCGGAGGUGUAUCUUUGAGGGCCUCGUUCAUGUCGAAGACGAGGAGAAGGAAGUGCGUUGGAAGAACAGGACUUUCUUGAGCAAUACAACCGAGGUCUGUCUGACGAUGGAUGGAGAAGAUGGAGUCGAUUUGUCUGCAGAGAACAAUCUGCAUUCGGCGCUUUUGGACAUACUGUUCCAUGGAAGGGAGGGUGAUCUAGGCGGAGCCGACCGAGCAUACCGCCAGUAUUUGGGGAACCGGGGCUACUGUUGA